CGCUACCUUCCCAGCCGCAGCAUGCAAAUGUUUAUAGAUUUUAACAAGACCUUUGUCAGCUUCCUGCAGAAGAUAGUCAAAGAGCACUAUGAGACCUAUGACAAGAACAACAUCCGAGACAUCACCGACUCCCUCAUCGAGCAGUGCCAGGAGACGAAGGUAGAAGCAAAUACUGCCACGCAGAUCCCUAAGGACAAGAUCGUCAACCUUGUGAAUGAUCUCUUUGGAGCAGGCUUCGACACCAUAACCACUGCCUUAUCCUGGAGCCUCAUGUACCUUGUGACAUACCCCAACAUCCAGAAGAAGAUCCAGGAAGAACUAGACCAGACCAUCGGGCGGGAGAGGAGGCCGCGGCUGUCAGACCGGGGAACGCUGCCCUACACAGAAGCCUUUAUCCUGGAGAUGUUCAGGCACUCCUCCUUCCUGCCCUUCACCAUCCCACACAGCACAACGAAGGACACACAGCUGAAUGGCUACUACAUUCCCAAGGACACCUGUGUGUUUAUCAACCAGUGGCAAGUGAAUCAUGAUGAGAAACUUUGGAAGGAUCCAGAAACCUUCAACCCAGAGCGUUUCCUCAGUGCUGAAGGGACCACAGUGAACAAAGUGGAUGGGGAGAAGGUGCUGAUGUUUGGCCUGGGGAAAAGGAGGUGUAUUGGGGAAGGCAUUGCCAGGUGGCAGGUCUUCCUGUUCCUGGCCACUUUGCUCCAGCAGCUGGAGUUCAGUGUCUGUGAUGGCAAGAAGGUGGACAUGACCCAACUCUAUGGACUGACUCUGAAGCACAGAAGGUGUGAGUACUUCCAGGUCAAGCAGCGCUUCCCCAUGAAGAGCAGGAACUGAGCAGUGGUACCAGGGUGCAAAGACCUGGGUGUCCUGGCAGCAAAAUGGGUCUGGUACAACUUUAUGGGAAGAUAUAAUAAACUGAAGCCAUG